GAGCACCCAUAGAAGUUGUUGGUAAAAACAAGAGAAAAUGGCGGACAUGAAAAUUUGUGCUUCCAAGUUUAUUUCAAUUGCACAAAAUUUACAGGUUACAGUAUGAAACAGGAUAUUUUUGACGUAGAAAUAACUGAAGCUCUCCAAGAUGUUUUAAAUGCUUUCCGACUACCAGAAAAUGCACAUCGAUUGAAUGAAGCCAAAGAUACUGCAGGAAAUGAUAUGCUGAGAAUGAUGCAGAUUGUAUUUCCAUUGGCAACACAAAUACAAAUGGAAGUAAUAGAAAAAUAUGGUUUCCCUGGAGAUGGAGACGGUAUUAUCCGGUUUACACAGGCAGUAAAACUGUAUGAAAAACAAGAUCAAGAUGUGACAUUGUUAAACCGAGAACUAAAAUCAUUCCUCAUUCCAUCAAUGGACAUACUGCCUCCUGAAGGGGCCUCUUGAUAUAAACUUUGUUAGAAUUAGUAUUUGGUUACUUGUACUUGUUAAUUAUGAACUGAAACUGCUUCAUUAUUUACCAUCUGUAUUGUGUUCAGGAACAAAUCAUUUCUGUAAUACUAUUACGAGUACAAGGAUACAUAUUGGGAUUUAAGUUAAACUGUAUUAUAUUCGGACGCAAGAGCUAAAAACUACAAAUAUUUAUCAGUUUAACAAACACUUUGAGAGACUAGAGUUAUUGAUGAUAUGAAUAAUUUCCUGUUCAAUUCCCUUCGCACAAGACGCUGGUUAUAAAUGUACUAAUUUACAGAAAAUUGUAAAAAGAAGAUCUCAGAAAGUUUGAGUGCAUAUAAGACAUAAGACAAUUUUAACAGCAGGAUAUUUCGAUGCAAAUUAUAUUCUAUACAAGUAACAUCUUAUCCAUGAACAUUUCCAGAAAUUUAUCAAUGAAUAGUAUGCUCAUAUAUUAAAGUUACAAAAUAUUGUUAUAGUUAUCAUGAAAAUUACACAACUUUUGCAAGGUGCAAGAAUCAUAUAUAUGUUCAAAAACUUUCCACGAUGACCAUCAUGUCAUUGUUAAAGUCAUCUCUAAGAACUGGAGUUAUCUUCCUUUGUCCAGAAUUGUAGUGGAAUCAACUACAACCAAUGCUUUAUACAAUGCAAAUUAUCAAUAUUUAAGUUUACUUCCCACUGACAGUGACAGAUUAAAGCAAUCUUUACCCUUUCAUUGCCUACAAGUACUUUGAUUAAUGUUUCUUCUUUAUAUUU